ACGUACAAUGAAAGAAGCUUCCCAGAAAGCGCGUAGGAUCUCGCCAGCUCCAUAUUCAUAAGAGUGACGAAUCUCCGUUUUGGUGAGUUUGACAAGGUGGGACUAAAAAUGGCGGUGGAGCGAAGGGACGCCGAGACUGAGCUCAACCUGCCGCCUGGGUUCCGCUUCCACCCCACCGACGACGAGCUCAUCCUCCACUACCUCUGCCGCAAGGUCGCCUCGCAGCGCCUCCCCGUCCCCAUCAUCGCGGAGGUCGACCUCUACAAGUUCGACCCCUGGGAAUUACCAGAGAUGGCGUUGUUCGGGGCGAGGGAGUGGUAUUUCUUCACCUCCCGCGAUCGGAAGUACCCCAACGGCUCGCGGCCGAACCGGGCCACCGGCAAGGGAUACUGGAAGGCCACCGGCGCCGAUAAACCGAUCUCCCCGAAAGGGUGCCACCGGACGCUGGGGAUUAAGAAAGCUCUCGUCUUUUACUCAGGCAAGGCGCCUCGAGGCGUCAAGACCGACUGGAUCAUGCACGAGUACAGAUUGGCAGACGCGGAUCGCAGCCCUAACAACGGAAGCCUCAAGUUGGAUGCGUGGGUUCUUUGCCGGUUGUACAACAAGAAGAAUGCCUGGGAGAAGAUGCCGCAGUCAGAGGAGAUUUCAGCCACGGACUCUAUGGACCGGACGCCGGAAUCCGAGGUGGAGAAGGACGCUAUGCUGUCGGACUUUGAAGGCCGGGGAUUUCCAUCAAUUGCUUCGCAAGCUUUCGCGCUUCCAGUGGUCGAGAAGAGUGAUGCGAUUGCGAAGGAAGAAGACAACGGAUGGUUCAAGGACUUGGAACUGGAAGAUUUGCAGAGUUCUUGCAUGAGUUUCGGAGCAUCACCUGUUGCGUACCCAACGAUCCAAGUCUACUGCUUCCGAUUCUUUGCGAGUCCAGUUCCGAUUAAAACCAAACCGUCUCAUGAUGCAAACGUUCUGAAUUGUUUAGGAUAGUGCAGAGAACUAUGGAUCAAAGAUCUAAAUCUAUA